AUGAGCCUGUUGUGGACCAACUACAUUCAUGGGUGGCAGGAUCGAUGGGUAGUUCUGAAAAGCAACACACUCAGUUAUUACAAGUCUGAAGAUGAAACGGAGUAUGGCUGCAGAGGCUCAAUCUGUCUGAGCAAGGCUGUGAUCACACCCCAUGACUUUGACGAAUGCAGAUUUGAUAUUAGCGUAAAUGAUAGUGUUUGGUACCUCCGAGCUCAGGACCCAGACCACAGACAACAGUGGGUGGAUGCACUAGAGCAACACAAGACUGAAUCUGGCUAUGGAUCAGAGUCAAGUUUACGACGCCAUGGCUCCAUGGUGUCUCUUGUUUCUGGAGCAAGUGGAUACUCUGCAACAUCCACCUCUUCGUUCAAGAAGGGCCAUAGCUUACGGGAGAAGCUUGCAGAAAUGGAAACAUUUAGAGACAUCUUGUGUAGACAAGUUGAUACUUUACAGAAAUACUUCGAUGCUUGUGCAGAUGCAGUUUCCAAAGACGAACUCCAGAGGGAUAAAGUGGUAGAAGAUGACGAAGAUGGUUUUCCUACAGUGCGUUCUGAUGGGGAUUUUUUACCAAACAGUAACAGCAGUAAGGAAAAAUUGUUUCCGCAUGUGACACCCAAAGGAAUUAAUGGCAUAGACUUUAAAGGAGAAGCUAUAACUUUCAAGGCAACGACUGCUGGAAUCCUUGCUACACUCUCUCAUUGUAUUGAACUUAUGGUAAAACGUGAAGAAAGCUGGCAAAAAAGGCUAGAUAAGGAGACCGAGAAAAGGAGAAGAGUUGAAGAAGCGUACAAAAAUGCUGUGACGGAACUGAAGAAAAAGUCCCACUUUGGAGGGCCAGACUAUGAGGAGGGUCCUAAUAGUCUGAUUAAUGAAGAAGAAUUCUUUGAUGCUGUUGAAGCUGCUCUCGAUAGACAGGAUAAAAUGGAAGAACAGUCCCAAAGUGAAAAGGUUAGAUUACAUUGGCCAACAUCCUUACCUUCUGGAGAUGCAUAUUCUGCUGUGGGGACUCAUCGAUUUGUCCAAAAGGUGGAAGAGAUGGUACAAAACCAUAUGACGUAUUCCUUGCAAGAUGUAGGAGGAGAUGCGAACUGGCAGCUAGUGGUAGAAGAAGGAGAAAUGAAGGUAUACAGAAGAGAGGUGGAAGAGAAUGGAAUAGUUUUAGAUCCUUUGAAAGCAACUCAUGCCGUUAAAGGGGUAACAGGGCAUGAAGUUUGCCACUACUUCUGGAAUGUUGAUGUUCGUAAUGACUGGGAAACAACAAUUGAAAAUUUCCAUGUUGUGGAAAAUUUAGCUGAUAAUGCAAUCAUCAUUUACCAGACACAUAAGAGGGUAUGGCCAGCUUCUCAAAGGGAUGUGCUGUAUUUGUCUGCCAUCAAAAAGAUACCAGCAUUCAGUGAAAAUGAUCCUGAAACAUGGAUUGUGUGCAAUUUCUCUGUGGAACAUGACAGUGCUCCUCUGAACAAUCGCUGUGUCCGUGCCAAAAUAAAUAUUGCUAUGAUUUGUCAGACAUUAGUAAGCCCACCAGAGGGGAACAAGGAAAUAAGCAGGGACAACAUCCUAUGCAAGAUUACAUAUGUAGCUAAUGUGAACCCAGGAGGAUGGGCGCCAGCAUCAGUGUUACGAGCAGUGGCAAAACGAGAAUAUCCAAAAUUCUUGAAGCGUUUUACAUCAUAUGUGCAAGAGAAAACAGCAGGAAAGCCUAUUUUAUUCUAGUAUUAGCAGCAAUCGGACAAGACUGGGUGAGCAUUCCAUGUUGGAGAAGUGACCAUGCAUAGAACACUCCAUGCUGGAACGAAGGAUCUACAGUCUUUUCAUGGCCCAAGUUCUAGGCUUUGUAUACUGAAGUGAAGAAGUGUUGCAACACCAUGAGGCUGCAUAUUUAACACUAGCUCUCUCCUGCUAACUCUUCUGGCUGAAUCAGUGUGUAAUUAUAAAUACAUGUAUUGAUAACAUGUAUAUGGCUCUGUUUUUAUUUGCUUGCUUUAGAAGAGGACGAAUGCGUACAACUUUGAAUAGCCAAUGUGGAUUACUGCUUUAAUUUUAAACAAGUUGCAGAAUUUCACUGUCAACCUUCCUAAGAUACUCACGCAGUUUUUGUGCAUGUCUAAAAAGCACAAAAGACAAAUGCACAUAUAGCAUACUGUAUGUGCUUUAUAUGCACAAAAAUCUACGUGGUACUGGGUGGGGACGACUUCAGUAAAGCCUGUGUGACUUAUUGGCAGGUUUUGUUUUGCUUUGUAUAAUCAUAGUUCAUGGCUGCUGGUUUCUAUAAUGAAUCAUCUUGUUACAUACAAUGUCAGUUAAUAACUGAGGGCUGUCAAUAUCCUUAUGACUUUGCCUUUUCUAUUGUCUUACUCUUAUGACGAUCUUUGGUUCUGAAGGAG